UUUCAACAUUAUCUAUAGACAUUUUUCUCAAAUGACACUAAACAUAUUUGCAUCAGAUUUAGUAUAAUAAUAAAAGAGUAUAAUCAGUAAAGAGAACUUGUUGGCUAACUGAAGCUAACACACAUCGUGUAUAAAGAAAAUCACUUCACAGUUAUUUAGUCUCCACAAGGGACAAAGCUGCAGAACCCCACUAAGUAUCAACUUAUAUUUAUACACACAUGUAUAAAUAAAUAAAUACAUAUAUUUAAGUAUUUAUUUUGUCCUCCAUACAAGUACACAUAGUACUAAAUUAAAACCUACUUAAAACUACCUUUAAUACAAGUACUUAAAACUACUACUACAAUAUGUACUUAUAACUACCACUAUAACAAGUACACAUUGUAGGCUACUUCUAUCACACCUACUUAAAACUACUACUACUACUACAAGUACUUAAAACUACUACAAGUACUUAAAACUGCUACUACAACACAUUCUUAAGACUGGUACUAAGUACUUACGACUACUACUCCGCUAUCUGUACUACUACUACAACACGUAGUACUAGUACCCCAAACCUCCGGCAGGGGGCGCUGGCGGAGGUUUUAACCGCUUAAACGCUCCGUGAGUGGGCGAAGAGAAGAGGUUAAAGGUCAAAGACGAGGGAGGAGGAGGAGGGCUCGUCUCCUUCCUUCCUUCCUUCCUUCCUUCCUCCUGACGGAGUCACACAACCUUCGGAGACUUUUAACAACUUUAUCCGGAGUGUUUCUAAAACAAGGCGCCCGCGCGGCCGGACCGGCGGUGACGUAGCGCUGUGACGUCAGCGGUGACGUAGAGCGGCAUGUCGAAGCGAUCCACGUCCGUCUGGAUGUGACCGGUAGGCGGGUUAAACCCCCCGAGCCCCCCGGCUGCUGGUAAACAACCGGGCGGCUUCGGUUUAAAGAUUUAACUUAACAAGUUUAUGACGGUAAUUCAUAGAAAACAACACGAGGAGAUUAAACGAGGAAAACAGAUCAUCAUAAUAUUCAUUUGUCAAUCUGGAAACUGGAGAUUUUUUUUGCGUUUUACAUUUCAGAAGCGAUGUAAUAAUACAUUGACUACUACUACACUAUGUUUAUAUAUCUGUCUAUAUAUAUUUAAUGUAGUUAUACCACAAAGCCAGACGCUGUAUUCAUCAUGAGGUUUAAUAACACGUGGUGCGUAUAGGAAUCAAUAAAAGGGACUAAAUCAUUUAAUAGUAGCUGAAGGCUUUUUCUGACUGGUUAUUAACGACAUAAUGUGAUUAAAUACCAAGCAUAUAUUUCUCUAAAGUUUAUAAAGUGUCGCACAACUUUCAUCUGGAAGAUUUAAAGUUAGAUUAAAUGGAACACAAACUAAUUCUAAUAGCUUCCUUUUGAUGAAGUAUUUCUGAGUAAAGUAGUUGCUUCACCACAAAGGAAACUUAACUGUUAACUGCUUAUAAACUACAUUGACCUUUGACCUUGUUUGUCAGAGGAGGAUGGAGGGAGAGAAAGAGACGGCUGAGGAGAAGGAGGAAGAGGAGGAGCUUCGCCAUCACAUCACAGCGGCGUCCUCGGUGGACGACCUGGCUCUUCCCAUCAUGCAAUGGGAGGAUCUGAGCCAGCGGAUAGCCCAGUUGGAAAGACAGGAGCAAGAGCAGAGGGAGAGGUCAAAGGUCAGCCGUGAAGAAGCGUGUGGAAAGGGUUCUCUGAAGACUGCAUUUCCUGUGAGCCUUUCUUGGCCCCCAAAGAGGGGCGCCGGAGGGGAGUCGGGGGGGGGCGUGGGGCGACGUCUGGGAGGAAGACGACACGUCGAGUAGGAGGCGUCGAGUCGCCGUCGACAAUUCGCAGUUUCAUAACCACAGAAAGCUUCAGCUGUGCUUCAUCAACAGCAGCGACAGUGAGGAUGAGGAGGGAGACGCCACAGAGAAGGUCUCUGCAUGUUCAUUGGCCGGAGGUUUCCAUGGAAACGGGGCGUAACGGUUGCUAUGGCGCCGGGCUGAAGCAGGAAGUGGCCAUGGACCUGAGGACGCUAAGGGACAAACUGCUGGCUGAGCAGAAGGACGAGGAGCGUGUGGAAGGCAUCAGCUGUGUUGCUGAGCAGAAACAUCUGGAGCGUUGGGAGCUGCAGAUGUGUUCAGUGCAGCAGCUCGUUAGCUUGGGAGCGUCGCUUCAACAGGAUGUGCACGCUCUCAGCUCCGAGUUGGUGUCUCACCUUGUUGUCCGGGACCAGCUGAGGACGAAGCAGGACGCCGUGCUGCUGGACGUCCAGGACCUGACUUAACAAGCGGGACCCCUGACCGGGACCCUGCACCUCUGCACCACUGCUCCGCCUCCUCAGACAUUAGCUGAGAUGCUAAUUAGGCCAAACAAACAGGGAGAUUGGACUGGAGGGGUCCGGUAGAACAGGAAGUUGAGUUCAAAACAACAAAGGUCGUGAAAAACGUGGAGACGAAGCCCGAAGGAAACGUGAGCGAGGAGAAGAAGUAACGGAGGAAAGUGAUCAACUAGCGGACGGAAGGAAGACAAACAGCUCCAGCUCCUCCAGACGGAGGACGGCUGACGGACCACAACAAAGGGCCAGAAGACCACUCAGCAGCUCAUGCAUGAGACACACAACUGGUUGGUGUUAGUAGAAGAGAAGAUGAAACAUGCGUGUUGUUAACGUGUGUGAGCCACGUGUAGGAACACGUUCAUUCUCUCGUGAUCCUGCAUGAAGAAGGAAUAUGAAGAUUAUUUAGUCAUCAACAAUGAACGCAACAGAUGUGCAAAACUUGUGUUUCUCUAGUGACACAAACUACAAAUGUCUUCUUCUUGGACGUAAACAAACGUAAAUGCAAAUGAGGCGAAUUGAGUUAUUUAAUUGUUGUUUCUUAAAACAAAGAGAACGUUACAUUCAGCUUGUGUAGCGAGACGAGAUCAACUCUUUUUUCCUUAAAACAACAACAAAACAAUGUGGAAUUUAUUCAAGACAAAGGGGAGAUAAACAUGUUUUUAUAAUUGUUGAUUAAUGAUGUCAUUGCUCGAUCUAAGUAAACUAAAACUGCAUCACAGAGGCCAGUUUGUCCUCGUGGUUUGGGACAAAAACUUAAAGCACUUGUUUUAGUUCAUUUAUAAUAUUUAAAUGUUGCUGCGUCUUUAAUCAAAGCUCAACACUCACAUUAAGGUUUACUGCUAACGAAUAAAGGGAAUAAUCCACUCGAUUUAGCCAACAUAUUUUUAUAUUGCUAACUUUAAUAAUUGUUGACUUUAAGAAGGUGGAGUUUAUAUUUUUCCUGCAGUAAUGUUUUUUGAAUAAUUCAAAGACAUUUUAUUCCAAUAAAGGGUAACUCACAUUCACGUUUAUAUUAAAAGUCACAAUGAAAAUAUGUUUAAGUGUUUCAAUAACAAAGUGGCGGAGAAACAGAUAAUAAGAAUAAUGUCUUUAUAUUUCAAAGUAUUUAGUAUUUAAAUAUGUAUUUUCAAGUGUAAAUACAAUGUAUUAUAAAUGUAUCUGAAAAUGUGAGACGUGAAUUGUGAAAUAUAUUUUGAUAAAAGUUUCCUUCAUGUUUAUGUCCUUAAUGAACAUUUUAUUGAAAUACAUUUUGUAGAACUUUUUAAAACAAAUAUUUUGUGUUUCACAAUAAAAGUAGAACAAAAAUCAAUGAUCAAUAACAAGAUGUUAAAAGAGGUGAUUUAAAUAGUUAGAUUUGGACUUUAAUUCCACUGCUGUUUCCUUCUAAAAUAAAUAGAGAAUAUCAUGUGACCACAACUCUUCAUCUGAUUGGGUGACUUUUUUUUUACUGACAUACAAAAGUUUUCAGAAAUCUCAAAUGAACAAAUAAUGAAAGUUUUACACUUUUUAUUACAUCACAGGUCACUUAGCUGACGCUUUUUAUUCAAAGCAACUUAUAUUGCAUUUCGACAUGAAGGAGCAGCCAUCGACCACGACUUCUAUUGUUUGAAUAACGAUUUUAUUUAUUGGAUAUUUUUCAAAUAACUUUUGUUAUUUGAUGUAUAAUUUAAAGAGUAAUUAAUAAGUCACAAUAAAUACCUUUAUGUUGUUUUCCUCCUGUUUGAGGAUUUAAUAAAUGUGUAUUCAUGAUUAUGUCGCCAUGUUUGAUCACAUGUUCAAAGCCAUUGAUGAUGAUGAUGGUGGUGAGGAGGAGGAGCAGGGACAGGAGGAAGGAGAAGGGAUGAGGAGCUGAUGAAAAGAAGAUGAGAGCAGCUCCUCUGGAGGAAAUCGAGGAGAUGAAGGUCAGAGAAACCCGGAGAGGCCCGAGAAAUAGAAAAAGAUUCUUCUGAGCCAGAAGACGUCUCAGCAGCAGAGGAAGAGGAGUAAAGCAGGAGGAAGAGGUAGGCGGGACCGGGUUGGAUGUCCUUCAACUGCACACAUUCAACGAGCAGCUGAUGCUAUUUUCAAAGCACAUAAACAGAUUAUUUUUUUACAGAAACGAGUCUCCCUAAAACAAUCAGUUAAAUGUAACUUAACUGAUUUUUUAUUUGUCUGUACAACAACAGAUGAAUAAACAAUCCAUUCAAAACUAUGAAUGUGCAUUUUUCACCUCUGACCUUUGACCCCUUCGCCUCCUCAGCUUGAGGAGAAACCUCCGGAAGGCUUUCGUUAAUUAUUGAGCAGCUAAUUGAGCGAAACGUAGUCUUCAUCAGCAGAAAACCCGCCGGCGGUACAUUGAGAACGAGGUUUUCCAAACUAAUGACGCCGUGCCCCCCCCGCGCCCCCCUCGCUCACCGACACGGGCAGGCGAAGGCAGAGCGAGAGUCGGCGCCUCGGUGAGUCGGUGGAGCAGCUGAGAUGACCCGCCCAGGAGCAACCCACACAGGUGCAUCAUGGGAUUGAGCCUGAUCCCCACGUCAGACAUCGGCCAGGCGACGGGGAGCCCCCCCGACACCUCGCCCCCCCCUGUGUCGUCCUGCAGCAUCGACGAGUCCUACAAGUACGUCUUCCUCCCCGUGUGCUACUCGCUGACCUUCGUCUUCAGCCUCACGCUGAACUCGGUGGUGCUGCUGCGCUCCUGCCGGCGGCACGGCGGCGGCGUGCGGCGCUGGAACACCUCACUGAUCUACAUGGUGAACCUGGCCACCACCGACCUGAUGUACGGCCUGUCGCUGCCCUUCCUGGUGGCCAGCUACGUGCUGAGGGACCGCUGGGUGUUCGGGGACUUCAUGUGCCGCCUCGUGCGCUUCCUCUUCUACUUCAACCUCUACUGCUCCAUCUUCUUCCUCACCUGUAUCUCCGUGCACAGGUACCUGGGGAUCUGCCACCCCAUGAGGACCAUCACCCUGGAGAGCAAGCGGCUGGUGAAGUGGACCUGUGCGCUGGUCUGGGUUGUGGUCUUCGCCCUCACCUGCCCCAUCUUCCGCUUCGCCCAGACAGGGUUCGUCCAGCGAGGCGGCGAUGGCGCCGGAGGAGCAAGGGAAGCUGGGAACGCCACGGGACCCCGGUCUGAGGACGGUUACACCAACUGCUGGGACGAUGCCAUUGACGAGGAGUUUGCCGACUACGUUCCCUACGGCAUCGUCCUGCACCUGCUGGGCUUCUUCGUGCCCUUCAUGGUCAUCGCCUGCUGCUACUCGCAGGUGGUCCGGACCAUAUUCCUGACGCUGCGCACGCCCCCCAGCUCAGUGGAGGGCGGCGAGGACGGCGGCGCUCCGGAGGGCGCAGGGGGGCGGGAGAGGAGCUCAGUGUCCAUCUCCGGGUCGCAGUACUCGCACUACAUCCGGCGGCGGCGGAAGUCUAUCAAGACCAUCGUGACCAUCACGCUGCUGUUCGCGCUCUGCUUCCUGCCCUUCCACGCGACCCGCACGCUCUUCCUGCUGCUGCGGCGCGGGCAGCUGGGCGGCUGCGAGGUCAUGAAAGCCGUCUCUAUCUGCUACAAGGUCACGCGGCCACUCGCCUCCUGCAACGCCUGGCUCAACGCCCUCCUGUACUUCCUGACCGGGGACAACGGCGCCCCCUGCUGCUGGCCGGCGGGGCGCAGCGUCCGCCGGGCUCCCUGCCGCCGCCGCCGGGCCGCCGCCCUCUGGUGGCCCCUGAAGGUCCUGAGGAAAGACGGCCCGGCAGAGGACGACCGGGAGGCGUCGGAGAAGAUGGAGAGGGCGCCGCCGCACGCAGAGAGCGAGUCCAAGUCCUCCAGGGUGGUCUUCUAGGAGGUCUGUGGUUUCCUGGGAAACGCCUUCAAACAGGAAGACUGUGAAUUUAAAGAAGCUCACAUCCUCGCCGUCACUUAAAAAAAUAUACAAACACAGCAAGCAGAUAAACUGUUUAAUGAAUCAGCAAAGAUAAAUCAACUUUAAAUGGCUUCUACCAUGAUUGGACUUGAAAAGAGGAACAAGAAAUGUGAAUCCGGAUAAGAUUCAAAUAUUAAAAAAUAGCUAGCAUCAAGCUUUAAAUGAUUUUUUUUACAUUUAUCUGAAUGCUCUGUAUCUUCAGUUUAGUGAGACGUGCACGAGAUAAAAGAACUCCGUUGACUUGUGUUUCUAAAUAUAGUAGUACAGAUUUGUAUUACUUAUUUUUAGUCUUAUAUGUUAAUGGUUUUACAACAAAGAGACUUUUUAAAGUGUGAAAUAAAAAUAAUGAACUCA